ACCUGUCAUUUUCUCUCCAAAAGCAGGCCCCCCGUUUUUGAACAGAGCACCCCACCCCGGAGCACCCCUACCCCUGCCACCCGCCUCUCCCCAGCAGUCCCAGGCCCCUGGUGCUUCACUUCACUGCUCCCCUAUUGGCACCCUUUUUUUCCUCCUCCGUGCUCCUCUUCGCAGGGACCCUUUCGGUUGGGGUUCAUUCAUUGGAAUGGCUUUUGUACCAGAAAGGAAAGGGGGACCCGUGGCUAGGACGGCACUGCCUGGAGCACCCAGCCUUGGGCAUCAAACCCGUGUCCAUUAUCAAGGGCUAACAGUCGGUAGUCGUCGUUUCUCCGGUGUCUGACCUGUGUAUUCAGUACGGUGUUUGCUGAGUGACUAGGACACGCGAGGUAGACCGAGACCUUCGUCCCAACAGAGGGGGAACUCACAUACGAAUGAGCUGAACGACCCGUGAAAAUUAAAACAGAUCCAAACACAGAUUGCUCCAGGACAUGUUGGAAGUAUACUAAGCUGUCAUGGAUACACUGGUGGAAGAUGAUAUCUGCAUUUUGAAUCAUGAAAAAGCCCACAGGAGAGACCUAGUGACUCCAGCCUCAGUAUAUUCAGGAGAUGAGUCUGUUGCCUCCCAUUUCGCCCUGGUCACUGCGUAUGAAGACAUCAAGAAACGACUAAAGGAUUCAGAGAAAGAGAACUCUCUGUUAAAGAAAAGAGUAAGACUUUUGGAAGAAAAGCUUAUAGGGGCUCGAUUAGAUGACGAAAGUUCUGUGGGACGAGAACAAGUAAAUAAGGCCUACCAUGCGUAUCGAGAGGUCUGCAUUGAUAGAGACAAUCUGAAGAGCAAAUUGGAUAAAAUGAAUAAAGACAACUCUGAAUCUUUGAAAGUAUUGAAUGAGCAGCUACAAUCUAAAGAAGUAGAGCUUCUCCAGCUAAGGACAGAGGUGGAAACUCAGCAGGUGAUGAGGAAUUUAAAUCCACCGUCAUCGAACUGGGAGGUGGAGAAGUUGAGCUGUGACCUGAAGAUCCAUGGUUUGGAACAAGAGCUGGAACUGGUGAAGAAAGAAUGUAGCGAUCUCAAAAGGGAGCUGCAAAAAUCCAAACAAACGGAUCUGUCUCAAGGAGAUGAUCUGAAGAGCAGAGAUCUCCAGAGACUGAGCAUUUCAAGUGAUAACAUGCAGAAUGCAUACUGGGAACUGCAGAGAGAAAUGUCAAAUUUACAUCUGGUAACUCAAGUACAAGCUGAACUACUGAGAAAACUGAAAACCCCAACAGCAAUCAGAAAAGCCUCUGCCCCAGUAGGAUGUGUUGAAGACCUUGGGAGAGACAGCACAAAACUGCAUUUGACGAAUUUUACUGCAACGUACAAAAGACAUCCCCCUCUCUCACCAAAUGGCAAAGCCCUUUCUCACACCACAUCUCCUCCUUUCCCAGGAGAUACAAAGGUUUUAUCAGAGAAAGCAGUUCUCCAAUCGUGGACAAAUAAUGAGAGAACUGUGCCUGGUGAUGGCGCAGACUUUCAGGAAGACAACUCCUGUGGCAGAAAUUCUCCGGAAGAUAAUUCUUGGGUGUUCCCAAGCCCUCCUAAAUCAAGUGAGACAGCGUUUGGAGAAACUAGAAGCAAAGUUUUGCCUUUACCCAACCUGCCACCAUUGCACUGCUUGGAUCAGCAUAAUCAGAACUGCCUUUAUAAGAAUUAAUUCUGGAGAGAUGUGUUAUCUGGCCAAAAGGAUGCUGUAUCGCCCUCAGUGGUUCCCCCGAGAAAUUAUUUAAGAGUAAAAGUGGAUUUUGAUUAUAAUUUUGCAGUUUUUCAGUAUAUAUAUACAUUUGCACACACUGUACCAUAAUUAUGUAAUGAAUUUUGGAUACCCUCCAGCUCCACAUUCUGGCAAAGAAUCAGAUAUAUGUUACUAAUAAAUUAAAGUAUUUCAAAAA